AUAUAAAUAUAUAAGAAUGUCUACUGGAGCCCAGGUAUCCUAUUGUGUUGAUAUGGAUAAAUCUGUUAUUCUAGGAAAUAUAGAAAAACGAGGUUGGGUGCCAGUCGGUCCUGAUGAUGAUUGGCAGUUUUACUGGGCGUCUACACAAACAUGUAGAAAUCUAUUUUCUGUAGACUCCGGAUAUAGAAUGAAUGAUUUCCAGAUGAUAAACCAUUUCCCAAACCAUUACGAGCUCACGAGGAAGGAUACAAUGGUGAAGAAUAUCAAGAGGUAUAGGAGGGACCUGGAGAGAGAAGGAAACCCCCUCGCGGAGAAAAGCCAAGAAGGUCGAUAUUUGUAUCUGGAUUUUAUACCAACCACCUUUAUCCUACCUGCAGACUACAAUAUGUUUGUAGAGGAGUACAGAAAGAACCCUAACUCUACCUGGAUAAUGAAACCCUGUGGGAAAUCUCAAGGUGCUGGAAUAUUUCUCAUCAAUAAGCUUUCCAAGCUUAAGAAAUGGUCCAGAGAAAGUCGAACUGUCUUCAAUCCAAACCUAAACAAGGAGACAUAUGUGAUUUCUAGGUAUAUAGACAACCCUCUCCUCUUGGGAGGAAAGAAAUUUGAUCUUAGGCUGUAUGUUCUUGUAACAUCCUUUAGACCUAUGAAGGUUUACUUUUACAAGCUGGGAUUCUGCAGGUUCUGUACUGUAAAGUAUGAUGAUAGUGCAAGGGAGAUGGAUAACCUAUUUGUACAUCUUACAAAUGUAGCAAUACAGAAACAAGGGGUGGAGUACAACACUGUACAUGGGGGUAAACUCAGUAUUGAGAACCUGAAAUUAUUUCUUGAAAUGUCUCGAGGGAAAGCUGCAACUGAUAAACUUUUUAAUGAGAUCAAUUGGUUGAUAGUACACAGUUUAAAGUCUGUUGCUCCUGUGAUGGUAUCAGACCGUCAUUGUUAUGAAUGCUACGGAUACGAUAUUAUUAUUGAUAAUGAUCUUAAACCUUGGCUUAUUGAGGUAAAUGCUUCCCCUAGCUUAAGUUCAACAACUUUGGCAGACAGAAUACUUAAAUACAGAUUAAUUAAUGAUUUAAUGAAUAUUGUUCUACCCCCGGAUGGAGUACCGGAUGUUAAAUGGAACAAGACUCCAAGUCCGGAUCAGCUAGGACAUUUUGUGUUACUGUUAGACGAAGAACUAGCAGCAAUGAACGAUCAGAAAUCCAAGAAACAGAAACAAUAAUGAAAUAUAAAAAUAGUGCAUAAAAGCUAUUCUCCUAGAAUGAUUUCGAGCACUUGUUCAGCCAUUAUUGUAAGCAUAAUGCUAGUUUUAUCAUGAAGAAUGCUCUGUUGAUCAGCUAUUAAUGUAAGCAUAAUGCUAGUUUAUCAUGAAGAAUGCUCUGUUGAUCAGCUAUUAAUGUAAGCAUAAUGCUAGUUUAUCAUGAAGAAUGCUCUGUUGAUCAGCUAUUAAUGUAAGCAUAAUGCUAGUUUUAUCAUGAAGAAUGCUUUGCCCAACUUUAAUAUAUGUAAAUGACUUACAUAAUGUAUUUAUAGUUGAAUUAUCUGUUUCAAUAUAACUACAGAAUAUA